AUCAUCCUCCGCCUUUCCACUGGAAGUUCGUCUGAACUACUGCUGAAACAUCUUCAGGGAGAAAAGCAACGCUACCAUGUUGCCUUUUUUGGAAACCCGGUGAUUAUGUAGAACAGCGAGUACAUGACGUUUUUCUACCAGUACUCCGGGUUUCUACAAGAUUUUCGGUUAACAAGAGCAACAAGUGAAGUUUCCGCGGAAGGAUACAGAGCACCGAGAUGGGAAAUGUGAUACUGGUGGUGUUUCUGCUGCUGCACCUGCCAACAGAGCUGCUGUCCAUUCAGGUGGUCGUUCCACAGGUUGAGAGAGCAACAGCGCUGUUUGCUUGGGUGACAAUCCGCUGCGACUACACAACAUCAGCAAACCAACAGGAGGUCCUCGUCACGUGGAAAUUCAAGUCGUUCUGUAAAGACCCAGUUCUGGAGUACUACUCCACAGCUUAUCAGGCGGCUCUCCAGAUGGGUCAGGAUCCUGCCAAUGACUGUCCAGACAGGCAGCGCACAGUUCGGACCGUCAUCCAGAAGAGAGGCGUCAAUGAGCCAACGCUGGGGUCAGAGUACAGAAAUCGUAAAAUCACAAUCCAGAACAAGGCCGACUUGGUGAUAAAUGAGGUGAUGUGGUGGGAUAACGGCAUGUAUUACUGCAGUAUCGAUGCUCCUGGUGACACCACAGGCGACUCGGAUCGAGAAGUCAGACUCAUCGUGUACCACUGGCUGACUGUGCUAUUUAUCAUCAUCGGCGCUCUGUUGCUCAUCAUGCUCUUCUGCAUAUGCUGCUGUCAGUGCUGCCCGCAGAAAUGCUGCUGCUAUGUCCGCUGCCCCUGCUGUCCGCAGACCUGCUGUUGCCCUGAAAAAGCUGUGAUGCAGCAUCGAAUGCUGAAACAAGCUCAGAAAGCCAUGGCUCCCUGGAUGUACGGUCAGCCUGUUUACGCAAACGUCAGCAACACCUCCUCCCAGGGUGUUCCCCUGCUCUACUCAGCCUCGGUGUCAGAUUACCCAACCAAACAAAACAUCUCCAUGACUCCCAUCCCUCUGGGACCCAUGGCCCUACAGCAGCAGCAGCCCCCUUUGCAUGCUCAAUACAUGGUGAAUGGCAGCCUGCGUAGCAGUAAUCAAAGUGCCAACCCAAUGCUGGAUUACCUGGAGAACCAGAUGAGAGGGCUGGAUGUGGGACCCCCUCAAAUGGCACCACAUGCUGUCCGAAACAUGGCCCCAUUACAGCCCCAACCCUCUCCUCCAGCUGUGCCCUACGCCCCCGGCCCGCCGAGCAUGUUGUCGGCGCUGGAUGAUAUGGGGGUGAAAGGGGUGGAAAGAAGGGUGAUCACUCUGCCUCCUAUCAUCCAGCGAGGUCCUGCUGGAGACGGGGCCGGAGGGUAUCCCAGAAUGUCCAGUCACUCUAGUGGGAGUACUAACCGAUCAGGAAGGGGCCAACGGGGAGACAACCGUGGGUACAGAACCAGAGAGGACCUUCUACCAAGGCAGGGGGUACUGCGUGAGUACAGCGACGAUUCGGACUGGGACAACCGGCGAGGAAGAGCAACGCACAGGAGUUCAAGGAACGAGAGGGGCAGUUCGUCCGGGAGGAGAGAGCGAGGGUCCAGGCCGCGUGCCCGAAGCCGCGACGACUUGAUGGAGGAGCUGCAUAGCAGAUCGGCAAGGAGGGAGAGGAGCUACUCCCCUCCUACGCACCACAAAGGAUCCUGGAGCUCAGAUGAGGGCAGCAGCCAGAAAAAAGGACGCAAAGUAAAGGAUUGGUCCGAGAAACCACCCAGCUACUACGCCAGUGAGGUGCAGCCUGAUCGCAGGAACUACAGCCAUCUUUCUGAUAGAGGCUCCCAUAGCAGUACCAGCGUAGUCAUCUGAAACAUUUCUUUUGUAUUCCCUUCACUGCUUCCAAUGAAGAAGUUUGUAACUGUAGCUGAUUAAUAAACUGAAAUGUUGUUUUACAGACCUAAAACAUUUAGGACUGUAAAAAUAUGCACAUACAUGUAGUAUAUGUGCAUAAGUUUGAACUGCAAAUCCAUUGUGUAUUACAGCAAUAUAAUAAAUCAUGUUCAUUUCCA